AUGGGCUAUGGGAAAACCUGGGGAGCCUCAUAUGGCAAGGCGGACCGUAGUUGGGAGAAGCACAAGAGUGAGCCCUAUGAGCCAGAAUACAAGCGAACCUGCUCCAACUGUGGAGGUCGAGGGCACGAUGCUUCUCAAUGCUCCAGUAAGGUGAUGUGCCCAAUUUGUGGUAUCCCCGGCCACUCCAAAGAGAUCUGCUGGAACAUCACUAAACGGUGCUCCAUCUGUGGCAAGAGGGGACACUUGCAGAAUGUCUGCACCUCCAAGGGCCCAGUGAAGACAACCAAGACUGAGAAGUGGUGGAAGAAAGAUGACACAGACACUUCCAAAGGCUGCACCCGAUGCGGUGGUGACAAGUGGCACAUGAAGCGCUUGUGUCCGGCCUUCGGGCACAGAUGCGAGCUCUGUAGCCACGAAAACCACUACGAGUUCAUGUGCGGCGCGAAGGCCAAGAAGGCCAAGGAGGCCAAGGAGGCCAAGGCAAAGGAGGAAAAGCAGGAGUGGAACAAGAGCAACUGGAAGAGCGACUGGAAGUCCACGAAGUCCAAAUUCCAGGGAAAAACGUGGAAGAUGACCAUGCGGCCGACAGCCAGCAAGAUCACGAAGGGCAGAACGACGACGAAGGGCAAAGGAACAAAGAGAAAAAAAAUCGAAUGUGACUGCUGCGGCUCCUGGUCCCAUGAGAAGAUGGAUUGUCCAUUCGCAAAGCAACGAUGCGACAAGUGUGGCAUGAAAGGACAUUUGAAGCAGAAGUGCCAACAGGAUCAACAGGAUCCACAGGAGCAACCGGCUCCGCAGGAGCAACCGGAGCCGCAGGAUGCCCAAGGAGAUGACGACUUGGAGCCCGAGGAUGCAGAGGAAUACGAAGAUGUGGAAGAUCUUCACGAAGACAUGGGUUCAGAGCCCUUCGAGGAGGGCCCGGAGCAUUGCUCCUGCUGCGGCAACCCGGACCACGACACUGAGCUCUGUCCGUUGAUCGACAUGACAUGCGAGCUCUGCGGCAUGCAGGGCCACAUGGAGAAUAUGUGUGACACCCAGGAAGUACCCAGCACCGAGAAGCCUGGACUGUCCAAGGGGAGCCAACAGCCCAAGUCCCCGGAGAUGAAGCCACAGAGCCAGCCCCAGGCCCAAGAGGCAGCACCGGUGCAGGGGAUGGACUGCUACUGCUGCGGUGAGAGCGGCCAUCUCAAGCAGCAUUGCCCCCUGCGAGGGCAUGUCUGCUCGCUCUGUGGGAGAGAAGGGCAUCUGGAAGCCAAGUGCAGAAACAAAGAGAUGGAAUGUUACUGCUGCGGCGAGUUCGGCCAUCAGAAAGUGGACUGCCCUUUCAACCAGAUCCCCUGCACCUACUGCGGAAAAGUUGGACACCUUCGAAGCAAGUGUCGAGAUGCACCAAAGGUUAAGCCGCCGUGGCACAAGUACAAGUAG